AUGUGGUUGAAUGCAUGUGCCUUGUUGGCGCUUCUAACCACCACCCAAGCAAUAUGGCCGUUUGACAGUGGAGACGACGACACCUCCUCGAGUUCCGGUUCCAGUUCAAGCUCCAGUUCCAGUUCCUCGGCUCCAGAGUCGAGUUCCUCGUCUUCAGAGUCAAGCUCUACGACAGUGUCUACCUUUGGCAUCCCCGCCUCGGAUACAAGCACAGACAACGGCUACGCCUAUGCUCCAAGACAGACGCUGUGUCCGGAUUUUGAUAUUGUUCGAAACGCCUCCAGCCUCAAUGAGGCCGAGGCAGAGUAUAUUUUGCAAAGAAAUGCCGUCACCAAUGAGAACUUGAUAGAUUUCUUGGACAAUGUUGCACAGAUCCCAGACUUUGACGCUGAAAAAUUCAUAAACGACAACAAGGAUAAGCACAAUAUUUCCAUAGGGUUGGCUUUCAGUGGUGGCGGGUACCGUGCUAUGCUCUGUGGAGCAGGGGAGCUUUUGGCGCUCGACAACAGAUACAAAGACUCUACUCUGAGUGGGUUGGGUGGGCUCUUGCAGAGUUCUUCGUACCUCACGGGUCUUUCUGGGGGCGGCUGGCUUGUGGGUACGCUUGUUCUCAACGAUUGGAUCUCGGUGGCAGACAUUUUGGAACCAAAAAGUGGCAUCUGGAAUUUGGAGGACCUGAUCUUCAACCCUGCGGGCUUGAAUGUGGUGAGAAACGUGAUUUACUAUAAUGCGCUUUCAGAUGCUUUGGACAGAAAAGAGGAAUUUGGUUUUCCUACGUCCUUGACAGACGUUUGGGGGAGAGCAUUGUCGCUGCAAUUCUUCAACGAGGACUCCCACCCUCGUGGUGGAGAGAAUCUUACUUGGAGUGGAAUCAAAGAGUUGGACAGCUACAAAAACCAUUCGAUGCCAUACCCAAUUUUGAUUGCCAACGGGCGUAAUCCCAACACGAUAAUUAUCAACGAGAACUCCACGGUGUACGAGAUCUCCCCCAACGAGCUAGGUUCAUGGGAUCCUAGUCUUCAUAGUUUCGUCAAUAUCGCCUACAUGGGUAGUGAGCUUGAGGGAGGCAAGCCUGUGAACGAUGAGUGUAUAUCUCAUUUUGAUAACGCAGGUUUUAUGAUGGGUACGCUGUCGUCGCUUUUUAACCAAGGUCUUCUUCGCUUACCCGGGACCGAUCUCAACUGGGCGCUUAAAAGAAUUAUCGAGAUGAUUCUCAAGCCGCUUCUGAAGAACGAGGUUGACAUUGCUGUUCACAAGCCGAACCCUUUCUACAAAACAGACUUUGGCAAUCUGGAAUUGAUACUCAACGACAGCAGUUUGCAUUUAGUGGACGGAGGUGAAGAUCAACAAAAUGUCCCUCUAUACCCACUUAUACAAAGGGAAAGAAAUGUUGAUGUGAUCUUUGGGUUCGACAACUCUGCCGAUACCGAACAAAACUGGCCAAACGGUACCUCGUUUGUCCAUACUUUCUUGAGACAAUUUGCAAAACAAGGACGUGGAACCCCAUUUCCUUAUAUCCCUUCUACUCAAGACUUCCUCCGUGGUGGUCUCAAUGAAAGGCCCGUCUUCUUCGGGUGCGAUGCCAAAAACUUAUCGGACCUUGUUGCUUUCCAUGACAGUGGCUGGAAGGCUACCGAUGUUCCACUUGUCGUUUACAUGCCCAACAGCCCUCAUUCACACAACUCCAAUUUCUCGACUUACAAGAUGAGUUACGACGAGGAAGAUGCCCGCAACAUCAUUCAGAAUGGGUUUGAGGUUUCCUCUCGCGGUAACUACACAAACGAUAGAGAGUGGCCUACCUGUGUAGGAUGUGCCAUCAUUAGAAGACAACAAGAGAGACUUGAUGAGGAACAGUCGAAGGAGUGCAAAAGAUGUUUUGAAAGAUACUGCUGGACCGGUGACAUUAAGGACACUCCUCAACUGAGCAUUGGCGAUGUAAUAUCUGGAGCAGCCACAAGAACAACUUCUGGAGGCACUUCCAACACCGCUAGAACGUCUUCCUCGAAAUCCACCACGGUAGCUGGUACCUCUCAGAAUAGUGGGACUAGCUCUGAGACGGGCUCCUCCUCUAGUGGCUCGAGUUCAUCAAAAGGAACAGGUAAUGUAAUGCUGCUCGACUUUGCCGGUACCUUGGCACUUGUGCUAGGCACACUUUCACUUCUAUAG